AGUCUUAUUUAACCGGCCGGGAACUGUAGCCCUGGUCACACAAGUCCGCGAUGAAAAAAGGAGAGAGAUUUCGGAGGGCACAGGAAGCGCUGGCUACGACCUUCGCAUAGGAGGAUUCCAAACAUCCGUGAAUCAAAAUCCACCAGCAGCGGUUUAUUCGCCCGCUAACUGCGGUCCCUUCCCCGGAGGCAAGCUGGCGGCCCUUCGGCUGGAGGCGGAGGAGAAGGAGCUGGGGGCCAUGGCCUGGGUGCUGAAGAUGGACGAUGCCACCAUCGAGUCAGGGCUGGUACACGACUUCGAUGCCAGUCUGUCGGGCAUCGGGCAGGAGCUGGGGGCUGGCGCAUACAGUAUGAGUGAUGUGCUUGCCUUGCCCAUCUUUAAACAGGAGGACUCCAGUCUUCCUUCAGACUGUGAGAGCAGCAGUCUCAACCCUCCCUUCCAGUACGUUCUCUGUGCUGCCACCUCCCCUGCUGUCAAACUACACGAUGAGACACUCACCUACCUGAACCAAGGCCAGUCUUAUGAGAUCCGUAUGCUGGACAACCGAAAGCUGGCAGAGUUACCAGAGAUUAACAACAAGACUGUCAAGAGCAUCGUUAGGGUGGUGUUCCAUGACAGGAGACUCCAGUACACAGAGCACCAGCAGCUGGAGGGCUGGAAGUGGAAUCGCCCUGGAGACCGUCUCCUAGAUAUCGACAUCCCUCUGUCAGUGGGUAUCGUGGAGGCGAAGGCCAACCCCUCUCAGCUCAACGCUGCCGAAUUCCUCUGGGACCUCAACAAGAGAGCCUCUGUGUUUGUACAGGUCCACUGCAUCAGUACAGAGUUCACCCCUAGGAAGCAUGGAGGGGAGAAGGGAGUUCCCUUCAGGAUCCAGAUCGACACUUUCAGACAGGGAGACAACGGAGAGUACACUGAACACCUCCACUCUGCCUCCUGCCAAAUCAAAGUCUUCAAGCCAAAGGGGGCAGACAGGAAACAGAAGACUGACAGAGAGAAGAUGGAGAAACGACCGUCUCAGGAAAAGGAGAAGUACCAGCCCUCCUACGACACAACCAUACUAUCAGAGAUGAGGCUGGAGCCCAUCAUAGAGGAGGCAGGAGACUAUGAGCUGAAGAAGUCCAGCAAGCGGACGCUGCCGGCUGACUGUGGGGACUCGCUGGCCAAGAGAGGCACUUGUUCUCCGUGGCCUGAUGCCUACAUCAGCUCUCCCCAGACAGCUGGCCCCUCCUUCUCCUCCACACCUCUCUCCACAUACACUGCCUCCUCUGUACCUGACAGUGGCCCCUCGUCACCCAAUCACCAGACAGACCCUGUCAGCCAAGUUGUCACAGAGCAGCUCAGUCCUACAGCUACCAUCAAGGAGGCUCAGAAGUGGCUUGUCAAGAACCGCUUCAACACAUACGCACGACUCUUCUCCCACUUCUCAGGUUGUGACUUAAUGAAGUUGACCCGGGAAGACCUGGUUCAGAUCUGUGGAGCUGCUGAUGGAAUCAGACUCUUCUACACACUCAGAUCCAGGUCGGUGCGUCCCAGGUUGACAAUCUAUGUGUGUCAGGAGUGUGAUGUGGAGAGCCCCUUGCUGGAGAGACGCUGCGACAGUGAGAACGGAGAGCACAGUGACUCGCCUAACUUAUAUGUGUACCAUGCUCUAUACCUGGAGGAGCUGACGGCGGCUGAGUUGAUCAGGAAGAUGGCGUGUGUGUGUAGCGUUCCACUGGGACAGAUCAACCAGGUCUACCGACAAGGACCCACAGGAAUACACAUACUGCUGAGUGACCAGGUGGUUUACAACUUACCUGACGAGAGCUGCUUUCUCAUUGGCACACUCAAAGAUGAAACGGGGGAGGGGCUCCACCUGGUUUUGAAGUAGCGAUGGAGGAUGUGAGUGUGAUGACAUCACUCAACACUCCUCCCUCCGUGACAAGCAGAGCAGCCUCCCUCCCUCACACUCUCUCCUAUCGUUCAGAUUGCUAUGU